UCGAGCCUCCCUGGACUUCCGCUAGAUGGCGCGUCGCCCUCAGCCCUGGCCACCUAUCGUUCAGGUGGGACUGGAACACAGUAUUGCCGUGCCGUUAGAGAUUGGCACAAGUGCGAGAGCAGACAUCACCGGAACAUGACUGGAGAAACAGUUAUCUUGGCCUAUUCCGGCGGAUUGGACACCAGCUGCAUUCUUAAAUGGCUGCUGGACCAGCAGUACAACGUCAUCUGUGUCUUGGCUGAUGUUGGCCAGAAAGAGGACUUUGCAGCGGCCGAAAAGAAGGCUCUCACUAUCGGCGCCAAUAAGGUUAUCGUGGUCGAUGCGAAGCAGUCUUUCGUGGAGGACUACAUCUGGCCGGCCAUCAAGAUGGGCCUUAUCUACGAGGAGCUCUAUUUGCUGGGCACAUCGCUGUGCGGCGCCACCGGUAAGGGCAACGAUCAGGUGCGCUUUGAGCUGUGCGCAUAUGCCCUUAAGCCGGAUCUGAAGAUAAUCGCUCCCUGGCGCGAUGUGGAGUUCUGUCGACGUUUUCAGGGGCGCCAGGAUCUCAUAGCCUAUGCCCAGGCGAAUGGCAUUGAGGUGAGCGCCAAGCCGUCCACUCCCUGGAGCACCGAUGCCAACAUUUUGCACAUUAGCUACGAGUCUGGUGUGCUGGAGGAUCCCAAUACUGUGGCUCCGGCCAGUCUCUACGAGAUGACGGUUGAUCCAUUGGUGCAGGCUCCACGACAGCCCGUCCGUGUUGUCAUUCAUUUUGAGCACGGUCUGCCCACCAUUGUCGAGGACCUGUCUGGCAAGCGCGACUAUCGUACACCCCUGGAGAUGCUGAAGUUCCUCAAUGAUGUGGGAGGCUCCUAUGGCAUCGGGCGAAUCGACAUUGUCGAGAAUCGCUAUGUGGGACUCAAGUCCCGUGGCGUCUACGAGACUCCGGGCGGCACCAUCCUCUACACCGCCCACCAGGAUCUGGAGGUGUUUGCCCUGGACCGCGAGGUUCUGCGCACCAAGCAAGUUCUGCGCGAUCGCAUGACCGACUAUGUUUACAAUGGAUUCUGGUUCAGUCCCGAGGCCAUCUAUGCCCAGCGAUGCAUUGAGCUGGCCGAGCAGAAGGUCAAUGGUCAAGUAACCAUAGAGCUGGCCCCCGGCUAUUGUCGGGCCAUUGCCCGCAAAGCAUCGGAGGCUGGCGGUUCGCUGUACAACGAACAGCUCGUUUCGAUGGACGUUCAUGGCGGAUAUGUGCCGCAGGAUGCGGGUGGUUUUAUAGCCAUCAAUGCGGUCAGGAUAAGGGAGCAUGUGCGUGCAUUUGGACCCUAUGAAGUGGCCAAACAAACGAAAUGAUUUCCAAAUAAAUAAAGAAUUUUAAAGAACUUUAA